GCAGUAGGCGGGGGACACCCUGAACUGGUUGCCAGCCAAUCGCAGGGCACACAGAGACGAACAACCAGCCGCACUCGCACUCACACCUAGGGGCAAUUUGGAGUGCUCAAUCGGCCUACCAAGCAUGUGUUUGGGGAUGUGGGAGGAAACCGGAGUGUGAGGUAGUGGACGGUCAUGUGAGCAAGAAUCUUUCCACAUUGGAGAGUAGGGUAUUCCACAAGCAAGAGCAACUCUUCUUUUUCUUUUUGUAAAUAUGCACCAUGGUAGCAUCAUUGUAUUUAUGGGGUUGUUUUUUUCCCCUUGUCACGUUGCCUGAUAGGAUUCGAUGAUACAUGGAUUGGAGAGUUGGGCUUCUUGGCUUGGUCACUUCAGAUGGUAGUUGAAGGCUCCUUCAACAAGGAAGAUGUGGAUGAGUUGUGUUGGACCCUGACAGCCAAGAAAAACUACAAACCCAACAAGAGUUCAAACACAGUUCUGACAAACCAGGAUGCAUUUCGGCUUUGGUGCCUUUUUAACUUUUUGUCGGAGGACAAAUACCCGUUGGUGAUGGUCCCUGAUGAGCUGGAGUACCUACUCAAGAAGCUGUGCACAGCAAUGAACAUUGAGCUCAAUUGUGUUGAACUAGAGGACCUAUUCUCCCAAGACUCGGUGCAGCAGAAACGCACCACUGUUUGGGUUUUCUUGGAGAUGAUGGCUGCAGGAAAGGUGACCGCAGGCAUUGAUAAGAGUGUCAUCAGCAUGGCUAUUGAGGAAGUCUACAGGGAGAUAGUUGGCGAUGUCCUUAAAGAGGGUUACUUGUGGAAGAGAGGCCAACUCAGGAGAAACUGGAAGGAGCGCUGGUUCACUCUGAGGGCGAGCAACUUGUUCUACUACACUGGAGAGGACCGCAAGGAGUGUCAGGGUAACAUUGCUCUGGAUGGCAACUGUUGUGUUGAGGUACUACCAGACCGCGAUGGUAAAAGGUGCAUGUUUUGUCUAAAAACGCUCUCCAAAACAUAUGAGAUGAGCUCAUCAGACACCAAACAGAGACAAGAAUGGACAACAGCCAUUCAGACAGCUAUCAGGCUGCAUGGGGAAGGGAAAACGUCCCUCCACAAGGACUUGAAGCUGAAGCGGCAUGAGCAGCGUGAGCAGCGCGAGAAGAAGCAGAAGGCCAAGGAGGAGGAGCUGCAAAGGCUCCGUGCCCUCCAGGAGGAACGGGAACGAAAACUGGUGGAGCUGGAGCUCUUGAGGGAGGCGCAGAGGCAGGCCCAGGUGCUCCUGGAGCAGGAUGAAGAGAGGAGGCGCCAACAGCACGAGCAGCUCCAGCACACCUUAGAGGUGCAGCUGCGGGAGGCAGAGGAGGUGCGACUCAGCAUGGAGGCGGAAAUGGCUCUGAAAGAGGAGGAAGCGGAAAGGCAGAGAAAAAGAAUCCGUGAGCUGGAGGAGAUGCAGAAACGACUAGAGGAGGCGCUGCAGCAGGAGAUUAAAGCCAGGCUGGAUGAGGAGGCCUUCCGCUAUGCUCAAGCAGGGUUACUUGCUGAAGAGGAAGAGAAAAUGAAGGCCCUGAUGACCCUGCAGGAGGAGCAGGAAGAGUAUAUCCUGAAGACGCAACGGGAGAAGCUGGAGCUCAAGCAGGAGAUGGAAGCCAAAUCCCAGGCCCUGGACGAGGCGCAGAGGCAGCUUGAGGAGGUUCGGGCCAACCGGCACAGGGUUGACCAGGAUGUUGUGGCUGCUCAAAGAAAACUUCAUCAAGCGAGCACCAACGUCAAACACUGGAAUGUUCAGAUGAACAGACUGAUGCGACCCAUUGGACCCGGCGAUAAAAGACCAUUGUUGAGAAGCUCCCUACCAUCCUUCCAAAUUCCAAGCCAGAGAGAUCCUGGGUUGAAUCUCAGAAGGAUAUCGGUAUCAGACGAUCAAUGUAAAGAAAAUGAGGAAUGCAAAGAAAAUGUUGACGAUGGCCGCAGAUGCGAUGCAGAGUUAGAGAGACGCAAAUCCCAUACUUGAAAUGGAGACCUGAAUUACAUGAUUCAUACAAGAUGCAUAUCCAACCAAUCAUUGGUAUUUUGAUUGGAGGAGUUGGGUGUUUCAAACUGAAAUAACAGCAUCAAAGUGAAAUAAAAUGUUAAAUAUACUGAACAAUUUUUUUUAAAGAUGUUUUAAAUGUCUUAACGAUGUACUGUAUUUGUAUUGUUAAACUCUGGUGCCUGGUCUGGACACAGAAAAUGCCUUGGGUGUCUUGUUUGAUUGGUACUGUCAGCAGUUGAGUCAAUGUAAUAUUAAAAUGUAUGUACAUGCAUAAAAGAUAAUAAUACUUGUCAUCAUUUCUUAUCUAGGUGCGGCAGGCGGCUCAAAUUUUCUGUGUAAAAAGAUUAAGAGUAUAUUUUUCUUUAUAUAACAUGUUACUUACUUUUUUACAAUACAUGUAAGGAAGCUCAUUUACAUAAUUUUACUUUCAGUGCCAACAUGACAAGAUGACAAGGAAACCAUAUUCGUAUGUACAUUCAAAUGAUAAAUGAAAAGAAUGACUUUACGACAUUUAUCCUCGUUGUUUUUUUGUUGUUUUUUUUUCAGCAUCAUUGGUCAAUCGUGACAGCAGUACUACUGUUUUGGGGGUGAUGUCGCUCAAUGUAUGUCCAAUGAAUUGCAGGAAGCAACAAGGAUUAUGAUGGGGAUCAGUGUAAUAAUACAUAACAGCUAGCAGGCAAAUGUUAUUACCUAAUUGUUAUUAGGUGUUGGUGCAAAGCUUACCAAUAUUUGCAAUUUAUUUUGGGGAUUUCAAACAAACUGUCUGCCUGUCUUUCUGUCUAUCUAAUUUUAAGUUAAAAUAAUUAAAAAGCUCACAAAUUGCUA